AUGCGGGAGACUGAAAGCUCUCAAAAUAAAACAGCACUAGAUGUGCCCAGACUGUGUAAGUCAGUUUUUCAUAAUCUUUACGGCUGUUUACAUCUCGGAGACCCCAACAAGAAAAUUUUUAAAGCUGCAGUGCACAUUUUUUUUACUUUAGCUAAUAAAAUCUUUAUUUAUGUAAAUGAAUUUAAGCGACACCACUUACAAGUGCAUAAAAUAUCAAAUAACACGACACCGACCAUCUUGUUUUUGACUGUUAUCCAACAUGAUAUCUAUUUUUAUGCAACAUUUUUUCAAGCUAUAAGUGACACUUUCGAGGUUUGUUAUUUCAAAAAAAUGGAUACAAGAACAGGAAACGGGUUGCGAGACAAGAACAAACGGCCUCUGCGAAAUAAACGAUAUAACAGGUAUAGUUUUAAGAACAGUUUCAGAAAACCCAUUUUCUAA